UUUCUGUUUUUCAAAUCUUGCUUCUUCUUUGAAUGAUAAUGCAGCAAAAAUGCCACCUGAGAAGAAAUUUCUUUCUGAUGUGACUCUUCAACUCCCACGAAAUUCUGCCUUUUUGUUUCGUGUUAGGAGAAAGUGGAUUGUGAAAGACCAGAACAUGAGCUUGGGUUCCCGCUCUUGUGAAUUAGUUUUGAUGGAUGAAAAGCUUUUCAGAUUUUGGAGUAUUUUUUUCCUAUUCCCCUUGAUGGUUAGCUAUGCAAUGACAAUGAACAAGAGCCAAGGACAAUCGUUAGAGAAUGUGGGCGUUUUUCUACGACGACCAGUUUUUACACAUGGG